GUCGAUAGUGAAGCUGCAGAUUGAGGGUGGACAGUACCACCAUGACAGACUGUACGAGAAGUUUCUACCUGCCUGGUACAAAAGUCUUCAUACUAGGGACAGACUCGUUCCUCGGUCUCUAAUCGGAUAAAGUUCCGCUGAGUUCUCCUGAGACUCGGACCGUUAGCAGGUCCGGUGUUUCUACACUAAACACACUUAAACAAGCUAGCAGGCUAAGCUAAAGCUAGGUCUGUUUACAUUACGGCUAGCUGCUGUCAGCGGGAUGUUUGGCUGUCUGGUCGCCGGUCGCUUGGUGCAGACCGACGCGGUGCAGGUCGCCUCGGAUAAGUUCGUGUUCAACCUGCCGGACUACGAGCACGUGAACCAUGUGGUGGUGUUCAUGCUGGGCACGGUGCCGUUCCCCGCCGGGAUGGGCGGUGCCGUCUAUUUCUCCUUCCCUGACCCGGUGAGCGGCGGCCCGGUGUGGCAGCUGCUCGGCUUCAUCACCAACGACAAGCCCAGCGCCAUCUUCAAGAUCUCCGGGCUGAAGGCAGGGGAGGGCGGCGCGCACCCCUUCGGGAUGAUGGCCUCCUCCCCGUCGCCCUCCGUGGCUCAGGUCGGGGUGUCCGUGGAGGUUCUGGAGCAGCUUUCCCAGCAGGUCCCCGUGUCCAGCGCCGCCGUGUCCACCGUGGACUCCUUCCUGCAGUUCACUCAGAAGAUGCUGGACAGUCUCUACAACUACGCCUCGUCCUUCGCCGUCACACAGGCUCAGAUGACCCCGAACCCCUCAGAGACCUUCAUCCCCUCCAGCUGCAUCCUCAAAUGGUACGAGAACUUCCAGAGGAGGUUGGCGCAGAACCCGAACUUCUGGAAGAACUGAUGAGAGCAGAGACACUAAAGACUCAGACCAAAGACCGGACCUCUCAGUGCCUGCAGCUUCUAAUAAAAGUCUCAUCGGAAGUUUU